AUGUCGCAAAAAAAUUUCAUUUGGCAAUUUUUCGAGAAAUGUCCAUCAGAUGCGUCCAAGGCUAUAUGCAAAGAGUGCAAUAAAUUAUUUUCUCUAGGAAGUUCAGAGCCUAAAAGGCAAAAAAUUCAUGGCUUGAAGCUACACUUGUCGAAAUUUCAUGAAACAGAACAUAGGCAAUAUUUGAAACGGCAAUCUGAAAUCAAAGAGCACGCAUUAGAGAAUAAAUUAAGACGAUCCGAUUCAGUAAACUCUGUGUUCAGCACCAAUAGUGAUAGUGGAAGCAAACUGGUGCAGACCACAAUUCCCAAUAUAGUUCAGGCGCAGGCUUCAAAAACAUCAAAGUGGCCGGAUCAUCAUGAUAUCUCGCGCAGAAUUGAUAAAGCUAUCAUGGACUUGAUUAUAGUUGAUAUGCUGCCAUAUACUUUAGUAGAAAGUGAGGCAUUUAGAAGACUUAAUUUCACAGAUCCGCAUGGCCUUCAAAAGUACAAUUUUAAGUCUGAAAAAUAUUUCAGAACAUCUUUGAUGCCACAAACUUAUGAAAAGGUAUCAAAAAAAGUACAAGAUUUGAUUGACCAAUGUGACUGGAUCAGUGGCACUUGCGAUAUAUGGACAAAUCCUCCUAAAACAUGCUCGCUCCUUAGCCUAACUGGCCAUUUCAUUGUAGGGCCAAAACGCCUUAAAGUUAUACUAGGUGCACAAGUACUAGAAAAUGACCACACCGGAUUGUACAUUGAAGAAAAAUUGCGAGAAAUGAUUAAUGAAUGGAAAAUUAAUGAUAAACUAUUUCUUCUUUUACGUGACAAUGCAAGAAAUAUGGUUAGUGCUAUGCGUGGUCAAUAUGAAUCUUUAGGGUGUAUGUCGCACACAUUACAGUUGGUGGUUAAGGAUGCAUUAUUUUCAGAUGAAGAGCAUGAAAGAGUCAUUAAAACUUGCCGACAAAUUGUAGGCCAUUUCAAACGAAGUGAGCAGGCUUCUAGAAAGUUGAAUGAAUGUCAGAAACAAUGCGGCUUGCCAAUACAUUCUAUGAUUCAAGAUAUCGAAGUGAGAUGGAAUAGUACCUACAACAUGUUAGAGAGAUUGUUGGAACAAAAAACUGCCAUAAAUUUAUACAGCUUGGAACACGGUCGUAUUGAAAAUCUUUCUACUUCUGACUGGGAACUGAUAAAGAAUCUCACUGAUGUUCUUAAAUUUUUUUAUGAAGCUACACUCGAUCUAUCAUUUGAUAGCGCAUGCAUAUCUGUUGUUAUUCCAUUGAUAUCAUUAUUGAAUAGAAAGCUUCAAACCAGAAGUGAAAAUGAAAGUGAAGAUAUGAGGAACAUGAAAACACGAUUGCAUGAAUCCAUGAAUCAACGAUUUGCAUAUAUCAAAGGACAUCCUGCUCUCAUUACCUCAACAUUAUUGGACCCUAGAUUCAAAAAUUUAUAUCUUAACUCAGAUGAAGUUGAUAUUGCCACAAAAGAAAUAAAGAACCAUUUGAAGAUGUACACGGAUGAUAUAAGCGAAACGAUAAGUGAAGACCCACAGCCAUCGUGUUCAUCUAGCAUCGCGUCCUCUGAAAAAGGAGAAGGGCUAUGGGAUGCUCAUGACAAAUCUUCAUGUCGCUCAUUAGAAACUUCUGAGAUGGAUGAUGGUGAUCGCUUAUCAAACGUUAAAAGACUUAUGCAAGCAUAUUUGUCAGAACCAAGAUUGCAGAGAAACGCUGACAUAUAUUCGUACCGGAAUUCUAGUCCAUUUGUGUCCUUAAGAAAGGCUGCGCUCAAAUUCUUAUCGGCUCCACCGACGAGUGUGUCCAGUGAACAAUUGUUUAGUGCUGCUGGUCAGAUAUACUCGGACAGAAGAAGUAAUCUGCGAGGCGAAAAUGUUGAUAAACUAUUGUUUCUUACCUAUAAUAUUCGAUUAUUCAAUUAUGAAUACUGA